AUGAUGGCUUCGAAGCUUCAGAAAUGGCGAAACCUAUCAGGCCGCAUAGAUCUGAUUCCUCGGAGAGACGCUCCAUCGUCGUCGAUACGGUUCCUGCACGAAGGUCCAGACACGAUGGAGGAGCUUCUCGAUCGACAUCUGGCGAAGAAAGAGAAACCGCUGAUCGUCGACGACGACGAGGCAGAGCAUCUGAACAGGCGGCGUCUGACGAGCACGCGCCGCGAGGCGCUGAGUUUGUACAGGGACGUAUUACGCGCGACUCGGUUCUACGCGUGGACGGACUCGAGGGGGGUGCUGUGGAGAGACGUGCUGAGAGAGAACGCUAGGAAGGAGUUCGAGGCGGCGAGGUUCGAGACGGAUCCGGAGGUUGUCACGAGGCUGCUGAUCGGGGGAAGCGACGCCGUUUCGUCUGCGUUGGAUAAGCUCGCGGAGAAGCAAAAGGAGAUGAUUGAGAGAAGAAACAGAGGAGAGCAACCAUGAUCCGUCGUUUUAUUGAUUGCCUAAUCAAGUUUAAACUGUGUGUUAUCUUUGUUAAUUGGUCUUUGAUGAGUAUAAAUUUAUUACUAUAAACAAGGCUUUGAUCA